GAACAGAUCCCUUGUGCGGAGGCCCUUUUAGUCGUCUGUGAUUGUUACGCUAUUGGAUGUACCUAUUGUGGUUAAGAUUUAUGUUUCAAGUGACUUAACUCAAUUUUUCUUGCGUGCUAUAAAUAUAAUCGUGAAAAGUAAUUAUAUAUAAUUGUGAAUACAGUAAUUACACAAUUUAGUAUUAAUAAAUAUGCCUCGACUGCCUUUGCAUCCUUCAUCUGGAACAAGUAUUAUUACGCCAUUCGCCAAAGCAAUACGGUUCGUUCGUUAUGGCUGCACUAAUAGACCGUUUUAUCAUAUUAUUGUAAUUGACGUUAAAAAGCGUCAUAAAAAACCACCAAUAGAGCAAGUUGGUACUUACGAUCCUAUUCCAAAUAUAUACAAUGAGAAACUAGUAUCAUUCAAUUUUGAAAGAAUACAAUACUGGUUGACUAAAGGAGCACAAGUAUCUAAACCUGUUGCAGAUUUAUUAGGACUUGCUGGAUUCUUACCUGUUCAUCCAAAAACAUAUAUGAGAGCAUGGAGAAAUCGCAUAAUUAUUAAGGAAAGUGCUAAAGAAAAUAUAUUUCAAGAGCAAGCUGCAUCAAAGAAUUAAGAUAUAUUUCUUUUGCAGUGGACUUUCAUUAUUUUG